AGGGUUUCUCUUUUGGAUGAAUUUGAUGAUGGUGAAGCAGUGAUUCUGAAGAAGAAGAAAGGGUUUUGUGUGUUACCUUAAAUGUUGUUCGAAGGAGAAGAUGAAAGAAGGCUAUGCAUGGGAGGGUUUGUCAGGUUGAUGAGAGGCAGAAGAAAGGUCAUCGUCGGCUUAUGUUUAGACCUCCUUCUCGUGUAAUUUCGAGCGUCCACGCUUCUUGUUCUUCGUCUCUCUCCAUUUCUUCUUCUACUUCCUUUUCUAAGGACGGACGCAGAAUUAGUGUUGGUGACUGUGCUCUCUUUAAACCACCGCAGGAUUGCCCUCCGUUUAUUGGUUUGAUUCGUUUGGUCAUUCCUGAGAAAGAAGGCAAGUUUAAGCUGCGUGUGAAUUGGCUGUAUCGACCUGCGGAAUUGAAGCUUGGCAAAGGCAUCCUUUUGGAGGCUCAGCCUAACGAAAUCUUUUAUUCCUUUCACGAGGAUGAUAUACCGGCUGCAUCCUUAUUGCAUCCGUGUAAAGUUACCUUUCUCCCAAGAGGCGUUGAAUUGCCAUCUGGAAUCUCUUCAUUCGUGUGUUGGCGAGUUUAUGAUGUUAUGAACGAUUGCAUUUGGUGGCUGACUGAUCAAAAUUAUAUAGAUGAACGGCAACAAGAAGUAGAUAAGUUAUUGUGUAAGACUCGUUCCGAGAUGCAUACCACACUACAGGGUGCUCGUUCUCCUAGGGUGAAUAGUCCGACAACAUCGCAAGUGAAAGCUGGGGCAGAUGGCAUGCAGAACAGUAACUCCUUUUCUUCACAGGGUAAGGGAAGGAAGAGAGAGCGUGCUGAUCAGGGUUCCCAAUCUGUGAAACGGGAACGUCCAAGUCGGGUUGAUGAUAGUGGUUCUGGUUUCCUAAGAACAGAAGGCAGUUUGAAAUCUGAAAUUGCUAAAAUUACAGAAAAAGGCGGGCUAGUUGACUCUGAAGGGGUUGAGAGAUUGGUGCAGCUCAUGCUGCCUGAGAGAAAUGAGAAGAAAAUAGACUUGGUUUGCCGAUCAAUUCUUGCAGGAGUUGUAGCAGCAACAGACAAGUUUGAUUGCCUCAGUCGUUUUGUCCAGCUCAGGGGAUUACCUGUUUUUGAUGAGUGGCUACAGGAAAUUCAUAAAGGGAAAAUUGGGGAUGCGAGCAGUCCCAAAGACAAUGAUAGAUCAGUGGACGAUUUUCUCUUGAUCUUACUUCGUGCUCUUGAUAAGCUACCUGUGAAUCUCAAUGCUCUACAGACUUGUAACAUAGGAAAGUCUGUUAACCAUUUGCGAUCACAUAAGAAUUCAGAAAUUGGGAAAAAGGCAAGGAGCUUGGUUGAUACGUGGAAGAAACGUGUUGAGGCAGAAAUGGAUGCAAAGUCUGGAUCCAAUCAGGGUGCAUCUUGGCCUGGAAGACUUCGUCAGUCUGAAGUUUCUCAUGGGGGUAAAAAUUCAGGUGUAUCUGCUGAUGCAACAAAGGCAUCAACAUCACAUCUACAUCCUUCUAAGUCCGUGUCCGUCAAAAUACCGUCAGAAAACAGCAUGAAGUCUGCAACUACAUCUCCAAGUUCUACUAGAUCAGCCCCAUCACCUGGAACAGGUGUUUCGGUUGUUAAUGUUGGGCAGCAAAGAAAUACUGGUGCACUUCAUAGAGAAGCUGGGCUGAGCAGGAGCUUCUCAUCGCAUAGAACUGCAACUUCGGAGAAAGUAUCUCAAUCAACUCUGGCCCCUGAAAAGACUUGUGACAUACCAAUGGCUGAAGGUUUCAGUAACAAGUUGAUCGUUAAGCUGCCAAAACGUGGUCGCAGUCCGGCACAGAGUGUUAGUGGAGGUUCCUUUGAGGACCCUGCAGUGGGUAAUAGCAGAGCUCCGUCACCUGUCCCUUCAGAGAAGCAUGAUCAAUUUGACCGAAACAUGAAAGAAAUGAAUGAUACAUAUCGAGCUAACUUUAGCCCUGAUGCUAAUACUGAGUCUUCGCAAAACAAUGACCUUAAAAAUCUAUCGACAGUUUCAGAUGAGGUAGCUGGUUCCCCUUCUGUUAAUGCUGGUGAGGAGCAUAGCAAGACUGUUAAUGAUUCUAGUAAAGUAGCAGGGAAUGCCAAACCCACUUCUCCUACGUUAGGAGAUGACGUCAAAACUGGAAAAAGACAUUGUGGAUCACACAGCUCAAUGAAUGCUUUGAUUGAAAGUUGUAACAGGGACUCUGAGACUAAUGCAUGUAUGGCUGGUGCGGAUGAUGUUGGAAUGAAUCUUCUAGCUACUGUAGCUGCUGAUGAAAUGUCCAAAUCCCCUGUUGCAUCACCCUCUGUAUCCAGGGUUUCAGAUUCCUUGAUGAAUGAUAGCUCCAUAGCACCACGAAUCACAAAUUCUUUGGAUGGCUUACCUCGCGAACAAGCUGAACCUAUUGCCAAGAAUCCCAUGGUUGAUAUUGAGCAACAUGUCAAUAGUAGUGGCGAGCAGUUGGCGGCUUUGGAGAAUGUGAAUGAUUCUAAGCCGGGAGAUCUUGAUGAGAACUCCGACUCAGAAAUCGAAGAAUUGCAAAGGUUGGUGGAUCAGUCCUUAGAGAGCAAUGAAAAUUCAGAUGAUGUUGUUGCUCCAAGUACUGUGCCCACAACAGGUAUUGGAGAAAACAUGUCUGAUGAUAGUGCUAGUGGGGUACUUAGUGACCUAAAGACUGAUGUUGCAUCAGAGACAGAACGAGUGGCAGAUACAACGAAGAAGACAGGAAACUCUUUCUUAAGUGAAUGUAAAGCCAUUGGCAGAUGUCAGAAUGCAGAUUCUUUGGUUGCUGAACAUUCACAGCCGGACAUUGUUGGUGAUAGUACGAAAGAAGAGAAACCGAAGGUGACAGUGAGUUCUAAGCUUGUUAAUGAAAUGGGUGAACACGUGUCAGUUUUGUCAGACUUUACCAAGAAUAUGAGUACUGCAAAUGUUGAUAGACCGAUGACUGAAAAAGUGUCUGACAUUGAUUGUGGGACAGUUAACGAUCAAAAGGUGGAUUCUACAUCAGUGACAGAUCGCAUUUCAGAUACAGCUGAAAGGGUGGAAACUUCUGUGCCAGCUGAAUGUAAAUUCAUCGAGGUAAGUCCUAAAGUAGAUUGUCUGGCUGUUGCCAAUUCUCCCUCUGAUCUCGUAGGUGAGAACGAGAAGGAGCAGAAACCCCAGGUAGUCUUGAGUUCUGAUAUACCAGUUUCUUCUGGGUUCUCCAAGGGCAUGGCUGCGUAUGUUGAUAGAUUGGUAACAGAAAAGAUCAAUGACAUGGGGGUUGCUCAUAUCAACCAAAUAGAAAAAAAGAAGAACAAGCGUGUGACAGCUCAUCUGGACUCAUCUGCAAGUAACGGUGAAGUUGAGCAUGUAGAGGCAUCUCAAAAGAGUAUUGAAGUUGAUAAAUGGUGCACCGCGGCCUUAGAUACUCAAGUAGUAUCACCUAAAGUUGCAGAAGAUUGUAGGAGACCAAAUGGGUCUAGGGUAAGUGGUGCUAAUGGAGAUGAAGCAGAGGAAUGUACAUCUGUUGCCAGCGAUGUUCCUUCAGUUUCAGAAUCAGCAAGGUCAGAGAUGGAGGGAAGAGUUGAAUUUGACCUGAAUGAAGGUUUUAAUGGGGAUGAUACACGAAACGGAAGUUCCAAUAAUUUCUCUGGAUCUUUGUCCAUGACACCUAUUCCUUUACAACCCACUCGACUUCCUGCAUCCAUUACUGUUGCUGCUGCUGCAAAGGGUGCAUUUGUUCCACGUGACGAUUUGUUGAGAAACAAAGCAGCUGUUGGCUGGAGAGGAUCUGCCGCCACUAGCGCCUUCCGGCCAGCCGAGCCAAGAAAAAUGCAGGAGGUGGUGCCACUAGGCAUGCAUAAUGUGUCUUCGUCGGAUGCUUCUACAACCGCUGGCAAGCAAACGAAGACGUUUUUGGACUUUGACCUAAAUGUACCCGAUGAGAGAGUUCUUGAAGAUCUAGCUUCCCAAAGAUCAGCCAAUCCCACAAAUUCCUCUGGUGGCCUGGAUCUUGAUCUAAACAAACUUGAUGAUCCGACUGAUAUGAAUAAUUACACAAUAAGCAGCGGUCAUCGGGUAGACUCAUCUUUUCAACAAGCAAACUUUUCUGGUGGUCGUAGAGAUUUUGAUUUAAACGAUGGACCCGCUGUUGAUGAUUCGAGUGUUGAGUCAUCUAUGGUUUUUACUCAACAUUCCCGAAGUGGCUUGACAUCACAGCCAAUGAUCUCUGGAAUAAGAAUGAAUGGUGAACACAUGGCAGCUGGCUUCUCAUCUUGGUUACCUGCUGCUAACAAUUAUUCAGCAAUGAGUAUUCCUCAAGUCUUGCCUGAUCGAGGCGAUCACCCUUUUCCAGUUAUUACAAGCAAUGGACCACAGAGGAUGGUGGGUCCAACAUCCGGAGUUUCAUCAUUUACACCUGAUAUGUACAGAGGCCCAGUUUUGCUAUCUUCUCCGGCAGUUUCAUUCCCGCCCACAGCAUUUCAGUAUCCCGCGUUUCCUUUUGGGACCAGUUUUCCUCUUGCCUCAGCAAAUUUUCCAGGUUCUUCGACUCCAUACAUGGACUCUUCAUCAAGUGGCAGGCUUUGUUUCCCCCCUGUCAACUCUCAAAUAUUGGGUCCCGGAGUUGCCAUCCCGUCUAAUUAUCCAACGCCUUAUGUUGUAAACCUCCCAAACGGUAGCAAUGGAGGAGUUUCGGAAAACAACAGUGCUAAAUGGUUUAGAUCAGGUCUUGACUUAAAUUCCGGACCAGGAGGGCAUGAAACUGACGGGAGAGAUGAAGCAGCACUUGUACAAAGACAAUUAUCUUCCUCAGGUUCCUUACCUUUGAAAGAUGAUCAGGCAAGAUUUUAUCAAAUGUCAGGUGGUUCUCUCAAGAGGAAGGAACCAGAUGGUGGAUGGGAUGGAUAUAAGCAAUCCUCAUGGCAUUAACAAACCUCAGAAUCUCUUUGUAGGCCGCCGCUAUAAGCAUGUACUUUGGAGAUAAUAGCAGAUGCGACGCCACAAAGGGUUUGUUUAUCGGGAUGUAGAAGACUACGAUGGACCGUUUUGUUCAUAAUAUCUUGAGCAACCAGCAUCUUAGAACUUCGUUUUACCAGCAUCAUGUAGAUACCUCCAACAGUUUGGGAUUUUCACAGGCAUGGCUUGAAAACUCUCAGUGAAACCAAGACCAUCAUCAUCACUUUGUUUAUUUGCUCUCUAUCUCCCAUACAAAGAGAUAAGAGAGUUUUGACAGGUGAACUUUUAAAAAGAACCACACACUCGUUAUGUCACUCUUUGGCUCGUCUUCUCUAAGAUCUAUGUAUUCAGACCAAAAGGCAGGAAGAUAAAAGAGAGUUUAGCUU